AUGUCGAUUCCAGUAACAGCAAAACAACGUAAAGUACAAAUUCGACAUCCAGCGCUGGCUGCAGAAGAAAUAACAACGUUUUAUUCCAACCAUCCUCACGUCAGUCUGAUGCGACGGAUGAAGUCUUUUAAAGAACCGACUUCCGUUAUACUUCCCGAAUUCGACCGAGUCCUCUCCAAAAUCAAACCAGAGAUAUGGCAGUAUCGAUCUCCUGACUCUCCAGAAUGGGUCGAAUUGGUUGAUCUGAAGAUUAGGAUUAUCGAAUUAAAAGACAA